CACUAUUUGUGUUUGAAUGAUAGCAAUCUUUUCAGGUUAUCUGUGUUUUAUAUGCAUAGCGUAAUCGAUUGUGAACCUUUGAAGUUUUCAAACAUGAAGCUUCAAAACCCUGGCGAUGUCGAAAAUUUAAAAUGGGACAUACGAAACAGCGCUCAAUACGUGAAUUUUGCUUUGUUUUCAAAGUGACAAGAGCAAAGAAAGUAACUGUACACUAUUACAAUGUAGAACGCUUCACUACGCCAGUUGAGAGAAGGUUUUAAUUGAUAUCCUUCUAAAUCAGAAUUGAAAGGUCAGACACAGAUAUAAAAACCGAGAAUUCAUGACAAAUAAUCCGAAUAUCGUCGUAAUACUUCUUCGUGAGAGAAACCUGAGCACUUAAUCCUGAUAUGUAUUCAACGCAAUGUUAAAUCUUCGACGUAAAUCUCGAUAUAACCAGACUUAAGCAAUUGUACUUCUCUUAGCAGGUAUGGGUUAAAUUCUAACCAAAACAACCAUACUUGUUAAAAAUAGCUUUCUGCAAGAUUGGUAUUUAAUUUCCAAGGGUAGAAGGACAUCUGCCGGUUAAUUCGAGAGCAAAACCCGCCUUCCUGAAAAGCCCAAGAGUGCGAUUAAGUAAAAACAUAAGAACGCAUUAGCAUUUAAAUUACCUAUCUUUUUUUCCCAUCCGAAAACAGUGCAACAUGUCAUUAAUGAAGGCAAGUCGUAAGAUUUGCAUGUUGUGUUUGGCCCAAAUAAUGUUUUUUCACUCUAGCAGACGAGCAGAGUGCUACUGUUACUCAGGCAAAUGAUUCAUGUUGUGUACAAUUCACAUAUGUAGCAUUUCAGUCGAGAAAAUGUAUUUACAUUGUAAAAAGAAAUAUGUUUCGAUUCGUUUACAUGUAAGCCGACUGUCCCAAAAAGUUACAAAAGGCCACUAAUUAAAACGAUCAAUGGUGCAGUUUUGACAUUUUGAUAAGCUUAAUGUAUUUUCUCUGUAAAUUUGUUCUCUGUCUCAAAUUAUUUCAAGAAAAGGAAAACCGUUUGGUACUGUAAAACUCAUAAGUCUUAACCAGUCUGACAUUAUUCGUACUUCAGCCAGGAAAAUUAUUUUAUCCUUAGGCCAUAGGAAAGCCUCAAGGAUCUUCGUUGUCCUUGUUAUUCCUAGGUACUCUUUCAUCAAAUUGCCUAUUCCUAAGUUACAUACAAUCUGUUGACUAUCGCCUUUGUUACCUUCGAUUGCCUUACACUUACACAAAUUACCAUAUUUAUUUUAGUGUUAAAUUCAACGAAAACAAAUAUCAGACGUCGUCUCCUUCUCCAUUGUUACUUUUGCCGACUGAGCUUUUUUCUAAAUCACUCAAGGAGACAUGUCUUUUAAAUUCAAUAAAAAGGCCGUGGUAACUGGCGUGAGCUCAGUAGAAGCAGACAAGUUCUUAGUGUACGCCCAAACAGUGAAGAAAGUCUCAUCAGAAAAUAGCUGUGCGCUGGACAGGAAUAUUUUUUGUGUCGACGUUGGGGCGGCGGCAUUAAAAAAACAAUCGAAAAAGGAACGAAAAUGGUUAGAAGAGGAAUUGGAAAAUGCUAAAAUAACUGCUGGGGUCAUUAUAACGGUGAACGGAAAAGAGAGAUACGUCAAGACAGAGGUGGAGAAUAUAGAUCACCUGAGACUACUCGGUUCUCAAGCUUUCCAGCUAUUCUGUCCAGCUUUUGGGUCAGUUUCAGACAACGAGAUCUUCAACACAUCAUAUCCAACGGCCUCAAUUGACCAGGCGCGCCGUCUGGUGUGUGCAGAACAGCCGGUACCCAAUUUACGCUGGAUGCAGUGUAAAAACGUUUCAUUAACUUAUAAUCAAACCAAGGGUAUUAAAGAAGCCACCCUUUUGGCUGUUGACAUCGUCCAUAUGGAGCGCGCCGGAAAACUGGUCUCAACUUCGGUUCAACAAACUGUCACCGCUAAGCUUAACUGCAAAACGUUCUUAUCAAAAGUGGACCCUAAAAGUCCCGGCCCCUUUAGUUUUAGCCCCGCUCUUGCCUUGGUAAAGAUGGUGGACGAGGAUGUACCCGCCCCACAACCCCGAUCGUGGGCAGAGAUUGAAACUCUUCUCAUCCAUUAACUAACUGACUUUUUGUUUAAGGGGGGAGGGGGAAGGCGCACCUGUUGACGUGAAUAAGAAAAUGGCACAAAAAUUGGUGCAGUUUCAUUAUAAAUAUCUUAAAUAUUGUGAAAAGGGCGUCCUUCCAAAAUUCCAAAUUCCAAGUAUUUUGUGCAGUAUGACUUAAUUUCUUUGAUUUACCAUCUCAAUCUCAAAAUGUAUCUCACUUUUCCGGUAAAUUGAACGUAAUUCAUUUUAUACUUGGUGAACAUUUUAAAACAAUGGAGGAAAAGUGUGAUUAACUAAUCAAAUAAAGUGACAUAACUUAAAUUUUGA